GGCGUGUUUUCAGUUUCCCCAAGAUGAGGGGAAAAAGUUGGGGCAGUGGGGAGUAAAUGAGUGUGAGAACCAUGUGAACUCUUGCCUCUCCCCGCUUUUUCAUCCGAGUCUAUCAGAAGCUCCAACCUGUAAAAUCCAGCAAAAACUCCCUUUUGGCUUUCUGUUUGUUUUCUCUGUAAAAUUAUUCUGAGAGCUUCCUCUUUUGUUGCUUUCAAGUUAAAAUGGCUGCGAGUAAUUCAAAGUUCAUCAAAUGCGUCACUGUUGGAGACGGAGCUGUGGGGAAGACCUGCAUGCUUAUGUGCUAUACCAGCAAUAGAUUCCCAACUGACUAUAUCCCGACGGUGUUCGAUAAUUUCAGUGCAAAUGUGGUCGUUGAGGGCACAACCGUCAAUUUAGGCCUCUGGGACACUGCUGGGCAAGAGGAUUACAACAGAUUGAGGCCUUUGAGCUAUAGAGGAGCAGAUGUUUUUGUCUUGGCUUUCUCUUUAGUUAGUCGUGCAAGCUACGAGAACAUACUGAAGAAGUGGAUCCCGGAACUACAGCAUUUUGCCCCUGGCGUUCCAGUGGUAUUAGUAGGUACCAAACUGGAUCUCCGAGAAGAUAAGUACUAUCUGGCUGAUCAUCCUGGUCUAGUGCCUGUGACUACUGAGCAGGGUGAGGAACUCCGUAAACAAAUUGGAGCUACCUAUUACAUAGAGUGCAGCUCAAAGACUCAGCAGGUGGGCCCCUGUAUGUUUCUCAGGCCUCAGGAAAGCUUAGUUAGAGACAACAUACAGAAGAACGUCAAGGCGGUGUUUGAUGCUGCGAUCAAGAUGGUGAUCAAGCCUCCUCAAAAACAGAACGAGAAGAAGAAGAAACCACGUGGAGGAUGUCUGCUAAACCUUUGGUGUGGAAGCAAUCAUGUUUCGUCAUGAAUGGAGGCUGUCGUCAAGAGUUCAAGGAGAGGAUUUUUAGUUGCUGUAUAGCUUCUCACAUUUGGCUUUGUUUAAAUUCCUAGAUAGGUUAAGACGCCACGAGGGGCAAUACCAAAUUUGUAACUUACAAAAAGAAAACGACAUUCGAUUUCCUUUUUUUUUUUAAUACUUUGUUUUGGUUUGUAAGUCUUUCACUUCUGUUUGUAAAGCUCGACCAUGUUUUAUACGAGUGAUGGUGUACAACCGAACACAGGCGAUAACAAUAGAGGAAAAUAGUUGCUCACU